GUUGCCUUAGGUCAGGGCCGGCCCUGAACUUAUAGCGGACACUUUCUCGGAGAAGGCAUCCGACGGAGUCGAUCGGAAAUGCAUUGUCCGACAGUAUUUCGGUCGGCUAAGAUGUAAUGAUGACUACCAUCAAGUACUAUACUAUACGUUUUUUUAGGAAGAACACGAAACUUUCUUGUAGGACAGUUCUUUUUGGCGGGUAAUGUUAUAACUGAAAUAACUGUCAACCAUAUUUCAGAUUUUCACGCUUCUUAUCAGUCUCCAUUUCAACGCUACAACACUAGAACCCAAAAAAAAAAAAUGUCACUCUCUUCUUCACUUGCCAUUCCCUCCAAUCUCCACGUCCUCUCCGCCUCGGAUCCUCCAUACAAGCCUCUCCAUAACCACCCAUCUCUAGCUCUCCUCUCUAAAUGCAAAAGCAUCGAAAAUUUGAAGCAAAUUCACUCUCAAAUCAUCAAAACUGGCCUCCACAACACCCAAUUUGCACUGAGCAAGCUCGUCGAGUUUUGUGCUGUUAACCCUUCUGGUAACCUCUCGUAUGCCCUCUCAAUCUUUGAUUCAAUUGAAGAACCCAAUCACAUUAUUUGGAACACCAUAAUUCGAGGUUACUCGUUGAGCUCCUCACCGAUUCUAGCUAUGGAUGUUUACAUCCAUAUGCUCUUAUCAGGCGUUGAACCGAAUUCGUAUACAUUUCCUUUCCUUUUGAAGUCUUGCGCGAAAGCCACGGCGACUCCUGAGGGGAAGCAAAUCCAUGGACAUGUUUUGAAGUUUGGACUUGAGUGUGAUGUUUAUGUACAUACUUCCCUUAUAAACAUGUAUGCCCAAAAUGGUGAAUUGGGUAAUGCACGAUUGGUGUUUGAUAAGAGUUCCUUUAGGGAUGCUGUUUCUUUUACAGCAUUGAUAAGUGGGUAUAUAUCCAAGGGCUAUUUGGAUGAUGCUCGUCAGCUGUUUGAUGAAAUUCCUAUCAGAGAUGUGGUUUCAUGGAAUGCUAUGAUUGCGGGUUAUGCACAAAGUAGCCGAUUUGAAGAGGCAUUGGCUUUCUUUCAGGAGAUGCAAAUAGUAAAUGUAAGACCGGAUGAAAGCACUUUGGUGAGUGUCCUCUCCGCUUGUGCUCAGUCAGGGUCACUUGACUUGGGAAAUCGGGUUAGGUCUUGGAUUGAUGACCAUGGACUUGGCUCCAAUCUUCGGCUUGUUAAUGCACUUAUUGACAUGUACUCGAAGUGUGGUGAUCUGAGCACAGCUCGCAGAUUAUUUGAUGGUCUACAUAGGAGAGAUCUGAUCUCAUGGAAUGUUAUGAUAGGCGGUUAUACUCAUAUGAGCAGCUAUAAAGAAGCCUUGGCUCUUUUCCGGCAAAUGCAGCAAUCAAGUGAUGAGCCUAAUGAUGUCACCCUCUUAAGCAUACUUCCAGCUUGUGCUCACUUGGGUGCUCUUGAUCUUGGCAAAUGGAUUCAUGCCUAUAUAGACAAGAACUAUCAUAAUCUACAUAACACUUCUCUCUGGACAGGUCUCAUUGAUAUGUAUGCCAAAUGUGGAAAUAUAGAGGCAGCACGACAUAUAUUUAAUGGUAUUGAACCUAAAACUUUGGCUUCUUGGAAUGCAAUGAUAUCAGGGCUAGCCAUGCACGGGAAUGCACUUGGAGCCCUCAAGCUUUUCUCAGAAAUGGCCAUCGAAGGAUUCAAACCAGAUGACAUUACCUUUGUCAGUGUUCUAUCAGCUUGUAGCCAUGGCGGUUUGGUUGAUCUUGGCCGCCAAUAUUUUAUUUCAAUGAUCCAAGAUUACAAUAUCAUACCGAAAUUGCAACACUAUGGAUGUAUGAUAGAUCUCCUUGGCCGAGCUGGGCUGUUUGACGAAGCAAAGGAUCUGGUCAAGAAUAUGGAGAUGAAACCAGAUGGUGCCAUCUGGGGUUCUCUACUCGGGGCUUGUAGAGUUCAUGGGAAUAUCGAAUUGGGCGAAUAUGUUGCCAGCCAACUCUUUGAAUUGGAGCCCGAAAACGCUGGGGCUUAUGUGCUCUUAUCAAACAUCUAUGCUGGAGCUGGUCGAUGGGAGAAUGUAGCAACAAUAAGAACCAUGCUAAAUGACAAGGGAAUGAAGAAGCUCCCUGGUUGUACCUCCAUUGAAGUUAAUAGUGUUGUUCAUGAGUUUCUCGUGAGUGACGAAACACAUCCACAGAGUGACGAUAUAUACAAGAUGUUGGAUGAAAUAGACAGUCUUUUGGAGAUGGCAGGGCAUGUGUGCGAUACAUCUGAGGUGCUUUAUGACAUUGACGAGAAAUGGAAGGAAGGGACAUUGUCUCAACACAGUGAGAGGUUGGCAAUUGCUUUCGGGUUGAUCAGUACAAAGCCGGGGACAACAAUCAGAAUUGUGAAGAAUCUUCGCGUGUGUGGUAAUUGUCAUUCGGCAACAAAACUGAUAUCAAAGAUCUUUAACAGAGAAAUUAUCGCUAGGGAUCGUAAUCGUUUCCACCAUUUCAAGGAUGGUUCUUGUUCAUGCAUGGACUAUUGGUGAACUAGUUUGUAUCAUUUAAAAUUGAUUAUUGGUGAGGAAAUUGUAAUAAUAUAUAUACAGUUCACUCUAAUUAACAAUUACUAUGUGAAAACCAUAAUGUUGUUGAAACCAGAUCUCUAUCUUUAUUUA